CAAGGAGCACAUUAUGUUAAAAAGUUUUCCUGCUUGUGACCACAUCUAACUGACGUGAACCUCACUGUAGUUCUUGCCCCUCCGGGGCUGUCGUCCGAAUAAUCCUAGAAAAAUGGCGUUAUCUCGGACCUCGAAGCUUCUCCAAUAUAUUAACUUUCGGAUGCGUGUCACAUUGGUGGACAGCAGACAGAUUGUUGGCAGGUUCAUGGCUUUUGACCGCCAUAUGAAUCUGGUCCUGGGCGACUCGGAAGAGUUCCGCCGCCUGCCGCCCAAGAAGGGCAAGUCGGAAGAGGAGCGCGAGGAGCGGCGAGUCCUUGGCUUGGUACUUCUUCGUGGAGAGGAAAUCAUCUCGCUGACCAUUGAAGGCCCACCCCCCAAUGAGGAAAUGCGGACAGAUAGGUCACAAGUUGCACCGGGUGGACCCGGCGUUGCACGAGCUGUGGGCCGCGGCAUGCCCGCAGCGGCACCUGGCCAAGCACCAGCGGGUCUGGCCGGCCCUGCCCGCGGUGUUGGCGGGCCUGCACCGGGCAUGAUGAUGCCCCGACCGCAAGUAUCGGCCCCCCCGGUGCCGCGGCCCGGCCCUCCAACGCCCGGCGUGCCGCCGCCCAGGCCAGGCAUGGCGCCGCCGGGCAUGCCACCCCCGGGCAUGCCGCCGCCGCGACCGGGUAUGCCCCCACCACCAGGAAUGGGUCCUCCGGGCAUGAUGCCGCCACCGGGCGGGAUGCCGCCGCCAGGGAUGCCGCCGAGGCCAGGGAUGCCGCCGCCGGGAAUGCCGCCGCCCGGGAUGCCGCCACCGGGAAUGCCGCCACCGCGUCCGGGCAUGAUGCCACCGCCGGGAAUGCCACCGCCGGGGAUGCCGCCACCGGGGAUGCCACCGGGCAUGAUGCCGCCAGGAAUGGGCCCUCCGGGCAUGCCGCCAAGGCCUGGAAUGCCGCCUCCGGGUAUGCCGCCGCCCGGCAUGCCGCCUCCGGGCAUGCCACCUGGAAUGCGGCCUCCGGGCCAGUGACCUGGUCAUCCUUCCGACUUCAGGUAGCUGCGCGAAGACAGCCACUGCCUCACAUGCAAUGGCUCCACAGCCCUUGUAGCUUUUUGCGUCCUGUGCGGACAAAAUCAACUAGCGUGGCUGGGUGGCGACGCAGGCGGUUAAUGAGCUGGUCCAAUUGUUAAGGCAGGGAGAGGAGCUGUUUUCAGAGCCGCUGGCUCGAUACCAGCGAUGGCAUGGUCGCGUGCAGGAGCAGCUAAGCUCAUGGAGCCGCAGCUGUCCCGCAACUUAACCGCUCGUUCUUGUCAGGAUCAUGCCGUAGCAGUAGACUGGAAGCUGAGAACUCACCGACUGGCGCUGCUGCGGGGCGAGCUGUUGUUUGUCGGGAAGUACCGCUGCUCGUUUUGUCGAUACGGAAGUUCAGCGAGGGACAGUGCAACCUUUACAUCUGCGUUGCUUUUGUCCGUUGGCCCCCUGCUUGGUUGAUGGUCGUGUAAGGGUUGGGACGGGGUGCGGGAAAAGCACGGCACAUGGGUAACUCUGGGUCUCAGGCAUCGUCUGUGAUGUUUCCGGUGCAUCUCAUCAUCGCUGUGUGAUGCGAUUGGGCAACCCUGGUCCGUCUUCCAAUUCGUAUCUUUGCGCGUAUCUGGUUUGGGAAAGGGGGGAUCGGACGGGAUGGCCGGGUGACACGAGCACCACCCAGCGGGCAACGGCCAGUAUAUCUGUGGCACUUUUACAUUGACUUUUCGUGGGGAACAUUUUACGGCACCCUUUGGAUUGUGACCGAAAAGGAAUUCUACCUGGAUGGGAUCAUAGAUGAUUUUGUGCUGCUGCUCGCUGUCUAUUGCAUGCUAGAUUGGUUGGUGUGGCUCAGUAGCAUAGGGCGUGUCAGCGUGGGGAAUUACUCCAGUCCCUCGGCAUCGAUGCUGAUGCAUAUUUGGGAGUACAUUUAUGCAAAAAUGAGGACCGCUGUGGGGCCCCGAUCCUUCUGAAUGAGCAAGAACUCCUUAUCAUGUUCUUUCCACGAUCAGAGUUCCGUGGGGGGAUGGAAUGGGGAUCGUCGGCAGCUUUGUUGCGGCUCACGACCGGAGGCGCCAUCAUCAGCUUUCAAUGCAUACAGGUGGCGCACCCGAAGUAUGUGAUUUGGGCCCUCUGCUGGUCAACGUACCUGGUCUUUUUUCGUAUGCGACCAAGAAGAGACAUGGGAACUGUUGAUGACCUGAUGUUGUGCAGUACAAUAUUGUAAUGCAGUCCCUAUGGC